GUACUUUGACAGUCGAGAUGGAUGGUUCCUACAGCGUGCAGUGUCCUCAGGACCAGUCGGUUCAUCCCGACAUUGUCUCGUUCCUUCAGUCUUUUUACAGCGUCUCAGAUACACCAGGAGAAACCGAAAAGUAUGUCGACAUGUUUACAGAGGAUGCAACAUUUGUACUCGCGUCCAAAAAGGCGGCCGGUCAUUCAGAAAUUACAACCUUGAGACAAGGGAUGUGGGAAGCAGUGGCUUCACGCAAACAUCAGCUCUUCCAAAUCUUUCCUUUUGGUAAAGGUUCCGACGAAGUAAUGCUCUACGGCACGGUCGCCCUCCAACUCAAGAAUGGUGGCUCGGCCGAGAUUGACUGGGCAGCGAGGGCCGAGCUUGUAAGAUCGGCCGCCGGCGGAAACUAUCGGUUUAAAUACUACCAGGUUUAUCUCGACACGGGCGCAGCAGCAGCGUACAAGAAGUAGACAGGAUAGCGGUGGUCUUGUUUUCUGUAGAAUGUCUGUGUGAUCCUCUGUCAGAGUGCACAACGUUAGGGUCAUGCUGGAAUACUUCUCGUCAAUGAGCGACAUGCUGCAGGCCUGGUUCGCACGUGGUGACAAGACCUCUUCGGAGAAGUUGGACAAGUAGAAUACACAAUGCAUUGCAUAAGUCAGUCACGUGGCUCUU